AUUUCACCGACACACACCCAAAAUGUCUUCUUCCUCGACUUCUCCUAUACCACUUCGCAUCCUGCUGGUCGGCAAUGGCGGAAGAGAGCAUACUCUCGCCUGGAAGCUCGCCCAGAGUGCCCGAGUCGAAGUCAUUCACGUGGUGCCUGGCAAUGGGGGAACGGCUGGCGUCCCCAAAUGUCAGAACAUCCCCGACUUGAACCCCGACCGCUUCUCCGACCUCGUUGCUCAUGCCAAAGCACACAACCUCAACUUCCUCCUCCCCGGCCCCGAAGCUCCUCUCGUUGCGGGCAUCGUCGACUACUUUGCCCAGCAUGCCCCCCACAUCAAAGCCUUUGGCCCUUCUCUGGCUGCCGCGCGAAUGGAGGGGAGCAAGACGUUUAGCAAAGACUUCAUGAAGAAGCACAACAUCCCGACUGCUCGCUACGAGAACUUUUCCGAUUACGAGCAAGCAAAGAAGCACCUGGACGACAUUGACUAUGAUGUGGUGAUCAAGGCUGACGGGUUGGCUGCUGGCAAAGGCGUCAUCAUCCCGCAGACCAAGGAAGAAGCACAGGCGGCCUUGAAGGAAAUCAUGGUGGAUCACGAGUUUGGCAGUGCUGGAAACAGUGUGGUCAUUGAGGAGUUCCUGACGGGAGACGAAAUCUCCAUUCUUUCCCUGAGCGAUGGCACAUCCAUCCUCAGUCUCCCACCAGCACAGGAUCACAAGCGUAUAGGUGAUGGUGACACGGGCCCCAACACUGGAGGCAUGGGAACCUACGCGCCCACGCCUGUCGCUACAAAAGAGCUGCUGGAAGAGAUUGAGCGAACCACAUUGAAACCCACAAUCGACGGCAUGAAGGCAGACGGCAUGACCUUUGUCGGAUGUCUCUUCACAGGUUUCAUGCUCACUCCAAACGGGCCCCGCGUGCUCGAGUACAACGUCCGUUUCGGCGACCCAGAAACACAAUCCUGUCUCGCACUUCUCAAAUCAGACCUUGCAGAGCUCAUGCUAGCCGCCACAAACGGCACAUUAUCCUCACAAACAAUCGAUAUCGCGCCUCUGAGUGCCUGCACGGUCGUCGUAGCCGCCGGUGGAUAUCCCGGAAAGUAUCCCAAAGGCAUUCCAAUGCAAAUUGAAAAAGCCAACGAAGUCGAAGGCCACUACACCUUCCACGCUGGAACUGCAGUCAAAGAUGGACAGCUCGUGACAAGCGGUGGACGUGUCAUUGCAGCCACAGCGACAGGCAGCACAUUGCGAGAAGCAGUCGACAAGGCGUACCAUGGUGUGCAAGGCAUCAAGUUUGAGGGAAUGCAAUAUCGAAAGGAUAUUGCUCAUCGUGCUUUACGAUGAUGAGUACCAAAGUAGUUAUGACCACCCGAGACUAGAACUAGAUCGCUUGGAGCGAGUCCGCUAGUCAUUCAGCCAAGCAUGGUAGAACCAGGAAAUACAAGGCUACUAUUGCAUCAAAAGAAGUGAAGAAGAUACAUC